CGUUCGGAAACCCCUCCACCAAAGCACACAAAAACUCGUCCUCCCCCGCGCGGCGCGGCGCGACGCGACGCGAUGGAACCGACGCGCCGUUGCGUCCCCGGCCAUCUCGCCACCGCCGCCGCCGCCGCCGCCGCCUCGCCGUUCUCCCCGCCGCCGUCGCUGCCGCUGCCGUCCGCGCUCAUGCCCCCCAAGAAGCGCCGCCUCUUCACGCCCGCCCCUCGCCACGCCGCCACCCCGCCACCACCACCACCUCCCCCCACCCCCGCCGUCGAGCCCACCCUACCAAUCCCCCCCGCCUCGACACCGCCGACGCCGCCUCAGCCCUCCGCCUCCACGGAGCCCUCGACGGCGCCGCCUCCCGCUGUCGACGACGCGGCGGCGAGGUCGUCGUCGUCGUCGUCGCCGGCGUCGGCGGCGGCGGCGCGGAAGGUUCGGAAAGUGGUUAAGAAGGUCAUCGUCAAGAAGGUCGUCCCCAAGGGCACGUUCGCCGCUCGGAAGGCCGCGGCGGCGGCGGUUGCUGCUGCUGCGGCGGUCUCCGGAGCAGCAGCAUCAUCGGAGGCAGGGGGAGAAGCCCCAACCGACGAGCCAGCAAGUGAUCAGGACGGCGGAGUUGGGAAUGAGCAAAAAUUGGAUGAAUCCAAACCUGCCACGGAUUGCAAUGCCGUUGCGGUGGUGGAAGAAUCGGUGUGUAAGGAGGAGGAGGAGGUGGCCUUAGUGGUGGGUAAGGGAGUGGAGGAGGAGGAGGCGGGGAUGUCGGAGCGGCGGAAGAGGAUGACCAUGGAGGUGUUUGUUGGUGGGCUUCACCGGGACGCCAAGGAGGAUGAUGUGAGGGCGGUGUUCGCCAAGGCCGGGGAAAUCACCGAGGUCCGGAUGAUAAUGAAUCCUCUUGCAGGGAAGAACAAGGGGUACUGCUUCGUGCGCUACCGCCACGCCGCGCAGGCGAAGAAGGCCAUCGCGGAAUUCGGCAAUGUGAAGAUUUGUGGGAAGCUCUGUCGAGCUGCAGUUCCAGUUGGGAAUGACAGAAUUUUUCUUGGAAACAUCAACAAGAAAUGGAAAAAAGAAGAUGUCAUCAAGCAGCUAAAGAAAAUUGGAAUUGAGAACAUUGAUUCUGUAACACUUAAGUCUGAUUCAAAUAAUCCAGUCUGUAAUCGUGGUUUUGCAUUUCUUGAACUGGAAACUAGUAGAGAUGCACGGAUGGCAUACAAAAAGCUUUCACAGAAAAAUGCUUUUGGCAAAGGCCUGAAUAUAAGAGUUGCAUGGGCUGAACCAUUGAAUGAUCCAGAUGAGAAAGAUAUGCAGGUUAAAUCGAUUUUUGUGGAUGGGAUACCAACGUCCUGGGAUCAUGCUCAGCUAAAAGAAAUCUUCAAGAAACAUGGGAAGAUUGAAAGUGUGGUUCUGUCACGCGAUAUGCCGUCAGCUAAAAGGAGGGACUUUGCCUUUAUUAAUUACAUUACUCGUGAGGCUGCAAUCUCGUGUCUUGAAUCUUUUGACAAGGAAGAGUUCAGUAAGAACGGCUCAAAGGUGAAUAUUAAAGUUUCAUUGGCUAAACCUGCCCAACAGAGCAAGCAGACCAAGGAAGACCAUAAAUCUAGUAUUACUGGGGAAGGCAAAAUGAAGACUUCUAAAAUAAGAUACCCUGUUCAAGAUUAUACCCACAUUUAUUCUGGAGAGAAGCGUCCCUUUUCAACACUGGGUGAUCCUUAUUAUCCAUUGAGAGGUCAUUCUUGUCGUCGUCAUGAGGGUAGCACCUAUACUACAGCAGCAUCAAGCUAUGGUGCGCUGCCCCCUGCUACUGCUGAAUCUUCUCUGCCACAUUAUCAUGACAGCAAUAGAUAUCCUCCACACCUAGCUUUUUAUUAUGGACUAACAGGAACACCAAUCAGUAGUCAGGUGAGGCAAUCAAGUUCUCGCCAACCAGCGCAGUCCUAUCGAAGCAGGCAUGGCAAAAAAUCAGGUUGACCACAUGAUAAUGACGAAUAUUUUCCAACACAGAUGAUGGUUUUUGUGGAUUCGCUGCGUGAGAAGUCCGUAGUUAAACCAUGGCAGAAGACUGAAAACUUAAAGCUAAUGGCAUCACUAUUGGUACAUUAUACAGUUUAGUGAAUGCUCUUUGGGGAUGAUAGUCUUAGUUUGGAACAUGGGAAUUUCAGUUGGAGUUUUGCUUUAGCUGUAUAUUUCCCUGUAGGGAUCCAUGGAAUUCCCGUGUUCCAAAAUAGGCCUUCUUAUGUAGCAGGAGGUGUUGCGUUUGUCUUAAACUGAUAUAUGGCCAUUGUACAAAGGAAACUGGAAAGUGCUUCUGAAAAUUAUCCUCGUAUAUCUGCCUGUUGUGAUGUUUU